AUGGUUAUGGCACCGACUGCUUGUGUACCUGCUGAAGUGUGCAUCACCAAACCUUUUGAUAAGGAUUGUUAUUUCAAUAACAAUCUUCAUCUCAGCAAUCAUGGAGAGGACGAUCUGUCGCAAUCUCGGUUGGCUGCCAAGGACCUGGUCCUGAACGUCUUGAAGAAACGCGCCGCCGAAGUCAACACCGACCUCUGUGGCCCUGGAGAAGAAGAUGCCUUCUAUGUGGCAGACAUGGGUGAGGUUUACCGCCAGCACCUCCGCUGGAAAAUGAACCUCAGCCGCGUGCGCCCGUUCUACGCCGUCAAGUGCAACCCCGAUCCCGAGGUUCUUCGCCUCAUGGCCAACCUUGGAAAUGGCUUCGACUGCGCGUCCAAGGCCGAAAUCGAUCUGGCUCUCCAGACCGGUAUCGACCCGAGCCGCAUCAUCUACGCGCAGCCCUGCAAGACCAAGUCGUACUUGCGCUAUGCCGCCACCGUGGGCGUCAAGCAGAUGACCUUUGACAACUCCGACGAGCUGUACAAGAUCAAGGCCAACUACCCGGAAGCCGAGCUCUACCUGCGUAUCCUCACCGACGACUCGAACAGCUUGUGCCAGUUCAGCAUGAAGUUCGGCGCGUCCAUGGACAGAGCCCGCCACCUCCUCGAGCUCGCUCACGAGCUUGAGCUCAAGGUUGUUGGCGUCAGCUUCCACGUCGGCUCCGGUGCCGAAGAUCCCAAGGCUUUCCUCAAAGCCGUCCAGGAUGCGCGCCUCGUCUUUGACUACGCCGCCGACAUUGGCCACGAGCUCCACACUUUGGAUGUCGGUGGUGGUUUCACUCACGAGACCUUUGAGAAGUUCGCCGGUGUUCUGAGCGACGCCCUGGACACUUACUUCCCGCCGCACAUUCGUGUUAUCGCCGAGCCCGGUCGCUACUACGUUGCUUCCGCCUUCACCUUGGCGGCCAACGUCAUUGCGCGCCGUGCCGUCCAGGAUCCCGAAGAUCCCGCAAGGGGUGCCUACAUGAUUUACCUCAACGAUGGCGUGUACGGAAACUUUUCCAACAUCAUCUUUGACCACCAGCACCCCGAGGCUCGCAUCCUUUCCUGCCAGGCCCCUGCGACCGGAGUCAAUGUUGCAUACUCUAUCUGGGGACCCACCUGCGACGGAAUUGACGUCAUCAGCCAGCGUAGUCUGCUUCCCGGUUUGAUCGAUGUCGGCGACUGGCUCUACUUUGAGGAAAUGGGCGCCUAUACCAAGUGCAGCGCGACCCGCUUCAACGGCUUCUCGGACAACCACGAGGUGAUUUACAUCUCGAGCGAAGCGGGCGCCUCUGCUCUUCUUGAAUAUUAG